GGGGAAGAGGCGGAUCUACUAGCUGGCGCUCAGUUUGGAUGGUGGGAAGCUAACGAGCAGGUUAAAUAAACCUUCUCUCGUUUCAGUUGUUUUUAUUCUGAACUGCUUUCGGCGCAUCAGCGUCGCUUCAAGUGGGAACUCAUGUGAUUCAGCUGAUGGAUAGAUGAGUGAUUAAUGAGGAAUAAAGAAUAAACCAGUGGUAAGAUGGAAGAUAUGGAGGUGGAUGUGCAGGUGGGAGCUGCAGAGAUAGCUGGUUCUGUAGGGCUGGAGGUGCCCAUCAUAAUCCCUGACUCUGGGAGCAGCACAGAAGUAGAGGAGGAUGAAUAUGGUGAUGGGAGGCCUGUAGAAGCAGUCUUGGUCCCUGCUAACAGGCCACGGCUUGCAACGACUCAAGUUGUACGGAGAAGGAGGGUUAGAUCAGGUCUGCGAUUCCAUUAUUCUACCCAGUCUGCGGUGAACAGAGGUCCAUUAGACUUCUUACUCAGGGUGUCGGCAGCCAGUGACACAGAACCUCUGUCAGGCAGCACUGAGGAAGUGAGUGACUCUGAGGAGGAAGGAGAGAAUGGAGGAAGCAGGGGGCCAAGUCCUUCUGUAGAAGCCAACCCUGUACUGAACACCAGCCAGCCUACUGCAGCAGUAGCCCCUUCAUCUCAGCAGCCUAAUGCCUUAGAUCCUUCUGUUCCUGCUGAAGCUGGGAGAGCUCAACCAGUUCCAGUUCAGUCAGAAGCCAAAGCUGAAUCGGUGCCAGAAAAGACAUCUGCAGAUCCUGCCACAACAGCUGCUGUGACAGAAAAUGACGAAGGAGAGGGAGAAACCUGCUCUAUAUGCUUUGAACCCUGGACCACUUCAGGUGAACACAGACUGGCAACACUGCGUUGUGGUCACCUGUUCGGCUUCACCUGUAUCGAUCGCUGGCUGAAGGGCCAAGGAGCCAAAUGUCCACAGUGCAAUAAGAAGGCAAAGAGGGCUGAUAUCGUCUUGCUGUAUGCCCGUAAACUUCGGGCAGUGGACAACACAGAACAGGAGAGUUUGAAGAAAUCAUUAGAACAGGAGCAAAGUUUACGGAGAAAGGCAGAGCUGGAAUCUGCCCAGUGUCGUCUGCAGUUGCAGGUUGUCACAGACGAGUGUGGAAAACUCAAACGAGAGGUUCAGGAGCUAAGGAGGUUAAUGGCUCAGACUGCCUCCUCUUCUAUUCGGUCUCAGGCCUCUACUUUGUCUCUGUCUCAGAGACAGGAGUCCUCAAACGGGGGACACUAUGUUUUCUCCAAGGCUGUCCUUGUAUCUCAGGCGGGGGGAUGUCGGGUGAUUUCUUACUGUGAGCCACUCAGUUGCCUGUUGGCAUCUCAACCCUCCGCUCAUUCCACGUUGGUCCCUGGCUUCGGAGUAAAAAAAAUCAGCACUGUGAAUCUGAAAGCCAGUCAUUACAUACCUAUUCACAUUAAACAGAUCAGGGGCCUCGCCUUUAGCAGACAUCAAGAUAGUCUACUGCUUUCUGCUGCCUUCGACAACACUAUCAAACUUACCAGCUUGAUGACCAACACUGUGGUACAGGCCUACAACACCGGUAAACCUGUCUGGAGCUGCUGCUGGUCCCAUGACAACAACAACUACAUCUACGCUGGUCUGAGCAAUGGCUCGGUGCUGGUGUACGAUGUGCGAGACACCAGCACUCAUGUACAAGAGCUAGCACCACUCCGCUCCAGUUGUCCAGUUGUGUCCUUGUCAUACCUCCCCCGUGCUGCCUCCAGUCUGUUCCCUUCUGGUGGCCUCAUUGCUGGCACUCUUGAAGGGGGUUGUUUUUGGGAGCAUGUGGAUGGAACCACCUACAGACAGCAUGUUCUUCCUUUAGAGUCUGGAGGUUGCACAAAUAUCCAGGUGGAACCAGAGAGCAGACACUGUCUGGUCACCUAUAGACCUGGUCGUGCCAACCCAUCUGUGCGUUGUGUUCUGAUGGAGCUGAACCGAAGCCCUCAACAGGACGCUGCCCAACCACCUGUCUGCUCCUGUGCUCCAGUCCAGACCUUCACUGCUGGAUCCUCUUGCAAGCUGCUCACGAAGAAUGCUGUAUUCAAGAGCCCUGCAAGUGAAGGUUCUACACUGGUGUGUGCUGGAGAUGAGGGAUCCAAUUCUACCAUGGUGUGGGACGCUGGUAGUGGAACUUUGCUUCAGAAGCUCCCUGCAGACCUUCCGGUCCUGGACAUCUGCCCAUUUCAGAUUAACCAGGAACACUACCUAGCCUCUCUAACUGAAAAGAUGAUAAAGAUCUAUAAAUGGGAGCAGAAUGCUGACAGAGGGUUUGUCUGAUCUGAGUCACUUUACUUUUGAUUGCUCAUUUUGUAAAUUUGAUCUGGUCAUACUGUUACCUCUGAAAUGAUGAUUGAAGACACCAAAUAUAUUAAGCAGAGGUUGGCCCUGACUGGAUUUCAGGUCCAAAAUCGCCUGGUUCCAAAUUUGUAAAUCCGUCUUUUUAAUUUGCAUCAGAUAAUGUCUUCAAAGCAUCAUUUUAAUAGCAGUUAAAAGCAUGGCAUAUUAAUACUAUUUUUGGAGUCCUGCUCUUUUCUGCCAAACAUUAAGGUACAUUGAAAACAACCCAUAGAUGUCACUUGACAUGUUCUCCAGUGUGCCAGUGUGGUCCAAUCCCAACAUGAUCAAUUAAUACAUUAUUGAUUAACAAUACAGCUAUAACAUGCCAUUUUGAUUUCUGUAUAUAUUUGUAUGUGCUGGUAAAUGUGAAUGUAAAAAUGUUUUUUACUGUUUGUGUGACUAUAUUGGUAAAUAAAUAACUAAAAACUU